GGAAAUAUUGUAAACCAAACUAGCACUUAAACUAGUAAGGAGAGUGUGCAAUUAUUUGUGUCCUCCCAAAAUUGAAGUGUAGAGCAAAGUUGCAGAACUUGAAACAAAGAAGAAGAAGUAGUAGAAGAAAAUGUCACAGUCAUUCUGUGUGUCUUCCUCCGCUGCAACUGCACGACCCACUUUCUCUCUCCUCAAGUGCCACCACCCUUCACCACCACGUGUCACUCUGCUCUCUCUUUCUCGCUCACCACCGUCGCCGUCGUCACUCUCCUUCUCCUCCUCCACCUUCAACCCCCUCAAGCUCAGGUCUCCGAUCGGCCAUGGCGGAAUCGGAAGCAUGGUGAAGCCGAGGACCAGCAACAACAGAAGCUCAGGAUUCCGUGUGCUUUGUUAUGCUCGACCUUUCGCUCCUCCUAAUCUGCAAUGGAUCGCCGCCGUUUCUUCUCUGGUUUUGAUACUGGCAAAGGGAACCACCGUGCCGAAAUCAUUCAUUGUUCCAUUAUUUGCUUUGCAAGCGCCUGCCGGUUUCAUUGCCUGGAUAAAAGGUAGUUAUGGGAUGUGGGCAGCAUUCUUGGCACUUCUGGUUCGUCUCUUCUUUUAUAUUCCUGGUGAACUUGAGUUGCCAUUUCUAGCACUACUCUUGGUGAUUGUGGCUCCUUAUGAGGCUAUGAAAUUCAGGGACACAAAAGAAGGUGCUUUUAUUUCAUUAUUGAUCGCAGUGUAUUUGGCUUACCAGCAUUUCUCAAGAACAAGCUUGCAGAAAUCGUUUGAUCAAGGUUCAGUUGUAGCUACCUUAGCUGUCAUUUGUAUCACUCUUGUAUCGUUAAUGCUUGUGCUCUGAGCUGGCGUUGGAAUGAUGUAAACUAAAAAUAUGAUGUAAAUAAGAAUAGUAGAUGAUAUAUUAUGAGUAAAAAAGGUUAUGUAAUAUGUUAGGCACUCAAUCUUGCACUUAUUAAUUUAAAUAAUGAAGUUACAUUUGGUGUUCCUUAUAUAAA